UCUGCAAUGUUACGCGAAGAUUCGGUCGGUGACGUUCCGUGAUUCGACUUCAAAAAACAACACAAUUUGACUAUUUUUUUCUUGUGCUAAAGUAGGGUGCUGCAGUGAAUAAUCUCUUUCUUUACUGUACCAAUUUGUUAUUCUUAUUAUGAUGACAAGUGGACUAUAAAUUGUGUCGGCAAUUAUAUAAAAUUAAAGACGAAAAAUGAGUAAACAUAUGUAUUCAACGGCGAACCUUUCUGAUAAAGAACUGAAGGAACAAGGCAACCGAUUAUUCAGUCUUCGAAGGUUCGAGGAUGCCCUGAACUGCUACACCAAGGCUAUUAUAAAAAAUCCAUCAGUAGCCACAUACUUCACAAAUCGAGCGCUAUGUCACCUGAAGAUGAAGCGAUGGGAGGCCACGUGCCAGGACUGCAGGCGAGCACUGGACAUUGACACCAACCAGGUGAAAGGACACUUCUUCCUCGGCCAGGCAUUAGUUGAACUGGAAUGUUAUGAUGAAGCUAUAAAACACUUACAUAGGGCAAACGACUUGGCUCGCGAACAGAAGAUGAACUUCGGCGACGAUAUCGCGGCACAAAUACGUAUCGCCAGGAAAAAGAGGUGGAACGUUCAAGAGGAGAAGAGAAUAGCACAAGAAAUUGAACUGCAGGCUUACAUCAAUAGGCUAAUAAACGAAGAUUUGCAACGUAGAAUAGAGUCAAUAAAACUAGAGAACAUGAAUGAAGAAGAAAGCAGUAGUAAAAUAUCAAAGGCUGAAGAGGAAUGUAAUAACUAUAGCAGCGAGUUAAAUAAUUUAUUCUCAAAAAUGGACGAAAGGAGAAGGAAACGCGAUGUGCCAGAUUACCUAUGCGGCAAAAUUAGCUUCGAAAUCCUUAACGAGCCCGUCAUAACACCGAGCGGCAUCACUUACGAAAAGAAGGACAUUGAGGAACAUCUUGAGCGUGUGGGUCACUUCGACCCCGUGACCCGAGUGAAGUUGACAGCAGACCAGCUCAUCCCGAACUUCACCAUGAAGGAGGUGGUGGACGCCUUCUUGCAGGAGAACGAGUGGGCGCUCGACUACUAGCCAUGCUCAGCCAUGCUACACCAGAUGCUGGGUGAUGAUAGAAUGCGUUUCUGAUGGACUCAAAGUAAACUAUGCUUUAUACUUUUGAGUUUAGAAAUCUGUGAGCAUUUCUUGCAAUUCCUUGGUUAAUUAUUAUAACUUAAGGGAUGAACUUUAAGGGCUAAAGGAGAAACCCAGUCUCCAUACAAACUCAAGCCCAAAGGAGAUUGUCCAAAAUUGUAUGGAGCCCAGGAUCAGUCAUUGUACCCUAGCGGAAAUAAAAGAAAAUAUUUUUUUUUAACUAUUUUUGAUUAUACAAAUCUACGAAUUUACUUUAAUUCAUUCGAAAUAAUAUUCAUUAUCUCCCAAGAAAUGUAACACUAUUAUGGGUUUAGUGGCGGAUUGAUGACGUUUUCAAUGCAGUAAUCGAUUUGACGUUUGCUGUCAAUUGUCAUGUCACAGUUGCUCUAUGGGCGCCAUCUUGAUAUAACUCAAAAACUUGGGAUUUAAUUUUAUUUAUUUCUUUUUAUUUAGUUAGAUUUAUUCACUUUAAUAAAUUUUAAUAAAAUCCUUGUAUUUUUUAAAUUUUAAUGAUACGGGGUACAAGAGUGGAUCUUAAAUGGACCAUCUCCUUUAUUGCAUUAUCUGUGUCUAACUGACAGGCGACAGUUUUAAUAAGGAUUUGACACAUCUAAUCAAACUAUGCUAAUAUUUGACAGUGACAUCUCAUUAAUUGAUUUACUUUGACAUUGACAGCCCGCGUUCGAAACUGACAAUCAAUGAAAUACGCAUUAUAGAGGAGGAAGGCAUAUUACCCGACUGCGUCAGAGGGAGGGUAAUGUUUUUCGAGCGUAUGUAUGUGUGUAUGCACUCUUUGGCACGCCCUAAAGCCGAAACGGCUGGACGGUUUUUGACAUAUGUCGUUUUUGAAUUUUGUAUUUGGAACGGCAACGACACCGUCGUGUUCCAUCUGCCUAUUAUUCUUUAAUCUGUGCCUACACAUUAACAUUUAACCUACUACGCGGUUACAAGGCUUUGUCGACUGGUCAUUUUGUUUUUGUAUUACAAAUUGCUGUGUAAAUGAUGUCAGAAACGCAUUCUUUCAGUAGCACUGUAUUGUGAUGACGUCACUAGACUUUGGCAAAUGAAAGCGUCUAAAAAAGGUUUUGCUACUAUAAGUUAAUAUUAUUUUAUUAAUAAAAUAUAAUUAUAGAUAAUAGUUAUUGUUAUUUCAUUUUUAUACAGGGUGUUUCACAUAACUCUAGGGUUAUAUUCUUUACCGAAAAUUAAUUAAAAAUGUUCAAGGAACAUGUGUUCUGUUAAAUAAUAUUUCUUUUGUAAAUAUAUCUUAAAAUGUGUCCCACGCGUCCUUAUAAUUAUGACGUAGCCAAGUUUUACGUAUUUUAAAAUGUAAGGAUAGAUAAAAGCUACAUGGAUAGUCAAAAUUAUUUGAAUUAUUUUGUAUGAAAACAUCAAAAGUUUUUAUUUUUUUUUUUGUUAUAAAAUAUUAGUUAUGAAGUUCGGCUCCUAUAAGAAGACUUGUCAACACCUUAAAGUUAUGGGAAAAACUUCCGAGCACCCUGUAUAUGAUCAAAACCCAUUUUUCUGCUAUAGUUAGUGAUACUACAUGCAGAUUUUUCAGGUCACGCUUUCAUAUGUCAGAGUCUAUUUAGUGAAUGUUCACACUUGGCGUUAAAAUAACCGCUGUUUUUGAGAAAGCGUUACUUAGUUUACUGCUUUUCAGUUACAAGUCAAUACAGUACAGUUUAAUGAGUGGUCUCUUGAUGAGGGACCUCCCACUCUAGCCAUGAUACAUAUUGAUUCUCUUUCUAUAAACAUUCGCUAUCGAUACGUCAAUCGGAUAUGUCAUUCCCUUGCAAUUUUACCUUGUUUGUAAUGUAACUUGUAUGUACUAGUUUAGUUAAUUAAUAAAGGUUUUUAAUUUUUAAUUUAAUUUUUUUUUAUUUCGAAAUACAACACGUUUGACUUGGGCAGUAAGCUGGUGAAUGCGUGACUCGAGCGUUAUUAUUUUAUAGUAAGCUUACGAAGUCGAAAGUCAUUAUUUUAUAGUAAGCUUACGAAGCGUUAGCGUCUGUAGAAAGAGAAUCGACAUGUGACAUGGCUAGAGCGGUUGAAAAAAGAAUUAUAUUAAAUUAUAUAACUGUAUGGCGGUAAACUCUUUCGAGUAGCGUAAAGAAACAACUUUCUAAGUACACAGCAUAACUGAAUAUGUGCUUUCAAUGAGUGACUAAUUUUACGCUACGUGUGAAUACUCCUUUAUAACGUAAGAUUGGUUACUUUGAUCGUUUAAUUUAUACAUUGGUUAAGUCAAUGUUUUACGAUUUAAGCUGUUCGUAUGUAUGUAAGCUCAUACCUCAUUAUAUAAUAUAAAUAGAUUCAAACGAUGCCUGCUUCUAAAGUAAAGGACCCCGUAAAUGAUGUAACUUUGUGAAAUCAUACUUGUUCCUCAAACAAUUUGAUCGUCUGUAGCCAUUGACCUCUUAUAGUAAAAUGAUGCACAAUCAUAUAGAAAAUUUCACUUAAAAACUGGCCAAUUUUGCUUUGACAGUUUUAGAAUUAUUGAUAAAGAAAAUUAUACCUAAAGUCCUUUAAAUAUAGUCCAAUGUUCAAUAAAAUCCCAAAUUCAGAGCAAAUUCAACUUUAAUGAUCGAGUUUAAGGUUGAAUUUGCAAAUGCGACUACUUGAAUUGAGUGCCAAGAAGUUGUGUUUGGCACUCAUUGAGUGGGGGACUUUUUAUAGUCGCUGAUUGUGCAUCCAUUUUUUAAUAUGAGAUCGAUGUCUGUAGCUUUGUUUGAAGCUUUUGUCAAACAUUGCUUGCUGAAAAAGUCUUGUUUGACAAACUUGUUUGUCAAAUAUGUUUGAUCAUUAUCUGGGUCCUUUACAUCUAUAUACACAUAGAAAUAAGUGAACAAUACGUAUUUGGCUUAUAUAUAUUCAAAAAUAAUAAUAAUCUCAGUACAUUUAUUUGGAGUACCUAUUUAAAAUAUUUAACUCUUUAUUGUAUAUUUUAUAAUAAUUGACUAACUAAGCAGACUGUCCACUUGGUGGUAAGUGGAACACCAUUGUCUAUAACCAGUGGCGUGCAUAAGGUUGGUGAUCAGGGUAUGCACCAGUGACGAAGGAUUAAAUUUAGGUGAAGUUAAGCCGCCCCAAAGAAAAGUUAAUUCAUAUAGUGUGAUACAAAAUCCGGUUUCUUAUAUAUAUCUAGAUACAGUACAACAAUGAAUAUGCAUGAAUGUUUAAAGGUAACCCGGCGGGAAUCGGCUUGCAUUAACUCUUCGCCGCUGGUAAGACUAUUUAACCCAACUGGGAAAAUGUUCAUUGCAUGAGAAUUAACAAAUCAUUUAUUAGAGUAUGCAGUGCUUUAAUGAAUGUAUGAAGUGCACGCCACUGAAUGUUACGUCACAUCUAUAGAUUGGCAACUUCGUUGAUAUGCGGGCGACAGGGGGAAAGACUGCGCGGGUGUGAAAUCGUGCGUGCGGGGAAGUGAGGUGCAUCAGUCGUGGGUUUUUCAUUCAUCGCUACACGCCCCCCGGCCCACGGGAAACAUCGGGAGUGUAUCGUCGCUAACGCUUCGAAAACUAGAAAGAAUGUAUGGGAAUGACAUUUGCUAUCGACAGGUCACGUGAUCAAGAGAGACGUGAUAGCCCAGUGGAUAUGACCUCUGCCUCCGAUUCCGGAGGGUGUGGGUUCGAAUCCGGUCCGGGGCAUGCACCUCCCAACUUUUCAGUUGUGUGUAUUUUAAGAAAUUAAAUAUCACGUGUCUCAAACCUGCACACCAGAGAAUUUCUUAAUUAUCUGCGUGUGUGAAGUCUGCCAAUCCACAUUGGGCCAGCGUGGUGAACUAUUGGCCUGAACCCUCUCAUUCUGAGAGGAGACUCUAGCUCAGCAGUGAGCCGUAUAUGGGUUGAUAACGAGGUCACGUGAGCAAGAUCUGUCAUUCCCAUACAUUUUUCUAGUUUUCGAAGCGUUAGCGAUUGUGGUAAGAGAAUCGACGUGCCACUUAGCUAGGGGGGCAGGUAUAUUUCUCUUUACGGGUUAAAUCUUUGGUCGGUUGGUGUUAGGCCUACUUGUCACAAUUCAAAUUAAGACCAUCUAAUACCUAUUUAUAUAUGUCAUAAAUUUAUUUGUAUUAUAUUUUAUUUUUAUUUAUUAUACGAUUGCUUUUAUUGUUGUUGGAUACUAAAUCGCUGUUGUAAAAGUUGCCUAGCAUAUUGUUCGAUCUUGCCGAAAAACUAGCCCAGCAAGUUUUUGGUAAAAGUUUCAUCUUUCAUCCGCUUUACAUAUAGACAUAAAAGUCAUGCAAAUAUACAUUAGUUUUCAUUUACAAAAGUCGUGCAUCGAAUUGCUCAUUUCUUAGUCUGGUGAAACUAUGUUAAGACUUCAAAUUAGUGAAAUAUUUUCAAUAUUAGACUUAUUUCUGUAGUUUUUAAAAUGUAAUGUAACACGUUAAGUAAAAUUUAAUUUAGAAAAAAAAACAACUAAUAACCCAUGGUUUAAAGGACAAAUGCCGUCCUAAACACUAUAAUGCAGAAUAUUUAGUAUAGAAACUAAAUUACUACUUUAAGGGCUACUCGAGUAUUACGUAACGCAAUUUGUAACGUAACGUAAAAAGAUACGUUACAUUUGUGGAUUGUGGAGGUAAUUCCUGGAUCUACCAAACCGAUUUUGAAAACUCUUUUACAAAUAUAAAGCCACAUCAUUAGUGAGUGAUAUGGACUAUCUUUUAUACAGGUAUUCCCAGGAAUACCCAGGUAUUCCUACGGGAACGAGAACUAGCCGAACGAGAUCGCGGGCUAUUAAACGUUUAGGGAGGAGGGGUUGUCAAAAAUUGCGUACCGUAUUACUUGAACGUCCUCUUAGCGUAUCAUCAUUAUCAAUCCAUAUUCUGCUCAUUGCUGAGCUUGAUUCUCCUCUCAGAAUUAGUGGGGUUGGCCUACCAAUAAUCCACCAUGCUGGCCCAAUGCGAAUUGGCAGACUUCACACACGCAGAGAAUUAAGAAAAUUCUCUGGUGUGCAGGUUUCCUCGCGAUGUUUUCCUUCACAGUUUGAGACAUGUGUACCUACUUAUGGCCGUUUUCAAUAAACUACCCAAGAUUAUGGAUAGAUAGCUAUCCUCGAUCAUCAGUAACAGUCAAACUAUUUUUACAUAAAAUAAAAUAAAAAAAAAGCCUUUUAUUUCCUAAAUAAGUAGAUAUUACAAUCAGGUACGUUAUUUUAAACAAAGAAAAUUUUAAAACAAACAAAAGAAAAGUUUUAAACGGAGCUAAAUGUUUACGACUGACACCUGUCAUACACCCCUCAUCUUAACAUAGUCAAACUAAAGUACGGAAAGAUAGAUUUUCUUAACUUUAGUAGGUAAGCGAAAUGGCAGAUAGAUAGGUUAUUGAAAAAAGCCGUUAGUUUAUAGUUCAUUUCAAAUUGAUUUAGUCCUUAUUGUAGUUCGAAAAUCUUUAAGAACAUUAAGAGCUUGUAAAAAUUUAAUUAUUUUGUGACAAAUACUAUUGUGAAAUGCGUAAACUAAUAUGUCGGUAUGUUUAAUUCUAUGCUUAAGUGUGUCUUACUGUUUUAAAAUUUCUCUACAGUCAUAAACAUAUUAAAUUUUAGGAUCUGCAAUUGAGCACACAACCUCGUCUGUAUGCCUAGCAUGAAACUAAGUCAGGAGAAAUAGACAAAAUGUCGACAAAUGGCGGCGGAGUUGUCCUAGUCUAUCUCUUUCGUUCCUCAGCAAUGAAAGAGAUGGAGGUCUUUCCGGUUGUGCCUCUAUUGGUUAGUUUUGUCUAUUUCUCUUUACGAGGUAAUAUCGUUGGUUGCAUGUGAGGCCCACAUGUCAUUUUAUACAUAUAACUUUAAUAAUUAAUUUAAUAUCGAAAUAUUUUAAAACCUUCAGACUUUUCUUGGUACCAAAGAGACGAGAAAAUAGAAGUCUUUUAUGUCACAAUUAUUUUACUUGAGCACUGGAGAACGAGGGCUAAUAAGCUUCUAAGAAUAUUAAAAAAAUAGGCACUACCUACGUCAUAAUUACUCAGAUAAAACCUAAGCUAAUAUAUUUUCGUAAAUCCAUUCUUAUUAAGGCUCACUAGAGGUUUUGCGUUUUAAUUGUACCUUAAUCUCUGUCAUUGUAUUAGAUUUAAAAGAGUAAAAAGUAUUUUUUACUACUUGGUUAAGCAAUGUAUACCUCACGACAUUAUUAAGCAAUAAAAAAUCGUUUUUCGCCGAUUUCAAUAUGAUCACACUUAGAUUAAAGUUAAAAGAUAGACGAAGUGUACGCCGGCUAAAUGGCACCUAUUUGAAAUAAAUAAAUUACAUAGAGAAAGAAUUUUAUUGGCAUUACACCUACAUGCAUUGGUCAAAAUGCUGUUUAAAAUUAUUGUAGGAAUCAGGCUAAAUUGAAUCUCAGUUGCAUCUAUACUUGACUAUUUAUAUACGACGGUGGAAAAUCAUAUACUCAUAACUAACCAAAUGGCGUGAGGGCAUCAGAUUUUUUUAUAUAAGUGCCAUGCUUUUAAAUCUAACGAUACGACGUAGUUUUUGUCAAUUUGGUUCGUAUUUUCGUCUGGUUAAUUUACCCUCCACCGUCGAUAUAAAAUGCCAGGAGAAAAUAGGCCUAGCAUGCGUUAUCACAUAUCUCGGAAAGAGAUAAUGACAUUGUCGACCAAUAGCUGCGUAUUUGAAAUUUCGCUCUCUUAUUAGCAACGAAAAGAGAGCUAUAUUUUCGAUUGCGCUGCAGCUAUUGGUCGAAAUUUGUCUUUCCCUCGUGUCUUCGUGGUGCGCAACUUACGCUCGGGCUUACAGGACUCUAGAAUAAUAGAGAGAUUACUGGCAUUUCGUUGGUUUUUCAUCGUCCGUGUUUCUGUCUAUCUUUUUCUAUAUUCUGUGUGGUCACAUUCUUAUGUAUAGCCACACGAUGUUAUAAUAUUAUGAUACCUAUCCAUUAACUUAAGACAUCUAGACUAAAAAUAAGUACUGGUCAUGACUAUAAACAUGUAAUGUUAAGUAAACGUUAUUUUGUAUAUCAAA